AUGUUAUACUUGCCUGUUGCCUAUCAUUUUGUCCAGAUAGUGCAUCAUAACACAUGGAAUAAUAACAUCCUAUCCGACCAGAAGAUGGAAGCCGCUGCAUCUCUUUUUGGCUCAGAUGAACCAGGUUCUGACCCUUUCGCGACCUUGGGCUCAGAGGCGGGUUCCGCUACCUCCCCAGCCGACGACCUAUUCCUCGGAGGCAGCGACUCGUCACUCGUAAUUGCGGACACAGACGCGCAUAAUUCGACCUCUCAGGCCGUCCUUGCAGCCCAUGACACCCCAUUUCUAGGCUAUCCCACCAACCUGGGAGUGCAAGCGACCGCCGUCCCCGGCACUGUCCCAUACGAUUAUCAUCAGAAUACCUCGCCAGAACAAAAUCAAUGGGGUGGAGGCGGUCAUGACCGAAGUUUGGCUUCAAGUUAUCCGAAACCAGCUUACCGAACCGUGACCCCGCCAGCGCCGACGACCAAUUAUUCAACUAACUACGCACCAACCACGCACGCUGCACCGACGUUGACAUACCCGCAGUAUAAUCCUUAUGACCCCCCACAGCCAGUUGCUGCCCCUCACUACAGUCCAGCAACCACGGUAAAUGGUGUUCCCCACCAAGCUCAUGAUAUACGCAAACCGCCGCCGCCGCCGCCAAGUAGCUCUCAGUAUGCUCCACCGGUCUCUCAUUAUACUGCGCCAGUUGUCUCUGGGCCUCCUGUUCCGACACCAAAAGUUACCACUAUUACCCGGCCAAAGGUGUCCAAUGCGUAUGACCCACCCUUCCUCCCUAGCAAACCGAAUAGACGAACCGUUCGCGCAGCAAGUGCUCACCAGACCUACAGUUCCUACCAGCCACCUCCCGUGAACUCUUACCCGCCUCCUACUGAACAAUCAUCGGCAUAUUCUGGAUCUUAUUACCAACAUCCGCCGCCUACCCACGGACCAUACAGUCACGACUCGACAACAGCUCCCUCUGGCAACUAUCAAGCACCUCCGAAUACAUAUUCCCCGCCAAAUGCGUAUAGCGCCACGAACUUAUACGCUCCAACGCAGACUUACACCCCGAGUUCCACCUGUGCUUCGCUAGCAUCCACGUCUACUCCGUAUGUUCAUGACAAUCACGUUGUAAGCUCAGUGGCUCCUGCGAACUAUUCGCUAAACCGGGCAGAAGUUCCAACUCCAGGUGCUUCGUCGGUGCACAGUAUUGAAACGAGGAAUUUGGCUGCAGAAAAUACACAGCAUAGCGUUAGCAUUGCGAGUCAAAUUCCAGACCCCUACGAUGUCGGUCCCUCCCGCCCUGCACGUAGUUCCUCAAUUGGCUCAACGUCUAGUCUGACGCGUGAAUCCUGGGAGCACAUGGCCGAAGCAGAAGAACCAGCGGUGUUGUCUCCGUCCAUGGUACCCCUCCCCUAUUCCCCGCCUCUUCAGAAGGAGGAAUUGCAACCUUACGGUCCAAGUUCAAUUACUAGGGCAGAUAGCUCUACUCAGCCCACUCCUCGACAAAGCUCGUAUCUUCCUCCUCGGAAGGACUCUAUCGUGAACAAGGACACCCACGAUCCCUACGUCCCUAAAAUAAACCAACCCUCCAACAACUACAUUCCGAGGACGUCUUCGCCGCUAUCUGUGUACAGUCGUCCGAACGAGCAGAAGAAGUCUCCACCUCAUGCACCGCCGAGUUUGAAUGGGAACGUCCCUCGCCCCUUGGCACCUUCCAGUCUUUCCCUGUCAAACUCUAAAACGCUGUCCAAUUCCGCUGUGGAUAACGUCUCAAAUAGAGCAGCCUUCCACAAAUCCGAAGGGAGGUUAGGCGUGCAGGAACUCAUAGUCAAGACGACGAAUAUGCAGUAUGCUCCGUCUCCGUCGCUCAUCGGAGCGAAUGAUCCCCUCUCCCGGACCUCUGCCCGUGCACCUGUGGUUACAUUCGGAUUUGGAGGAAAGAUGGUCACAUGUUUCCAUGGCAUGCCCGGCCUAAACGCUGGCUUUGACGUAGCCCUCUCCGCACGAACGUCCUCAGAGAUGAGGAUUCAUCGUCUCACUAAAGUUCUCCCAGAAUCCGCGUUGAGUUCUCCUGGACCAGCAUACCCUGGACCUCUUCUCUCUGACCCGGGCACUCCAUCGUUGAGUCUUGUGAGACCAGGGGCAUCCGCGCAGGCCAAGACGAAGAAGGCUGGCGUGGUCGUAUACCUCACUGGCAGAGCCGAUGAAAUUAAUCAGGGACUGGGAUACUUGGGCCCUGCCGAAAAGCAAGCAGCAGAAAACAAACUCAUACUCAUCAACUUGCUCAAGGUCAUGGUCGAGAACGACGGUCGGCUCUUGGGAACUAUGCAAGCUGAGACUGCAGUACGGUCCGUACUAGUACCAAGUUUGGAAGGCUCGGCUCUACAGGACGGCGCAUCUCUGGCAGCAUACAAGUCAGCACCUUUCGACGAAGUGCCUCUCAGCAUUGUAAACGUUAGAUCAUCCACCCUGGAUAAAAUCGAGGAGUUGCUUCUCCAAGGCGAUCGGCGGCAAGCAUACCAAUUCGCGAUGGACGAGAAACUUUGGGCGCAUGCCAUGGUGAUUGCGAGCAGUAUUGACAAGGAAGCCUGGAAGGAAGUCGUGAAUGAAUUCUUGAGGAGCGAAUUGAGCGCCAAAGACGAUGGAAAUCGACAUCUAGCCUCCCACUCCCCUCAUGCAUCGAAGAAUAGCCGUCAAAGUCUACGAGUGGCGUACAGUUUAUUUUCGGGGCAGGGUGCUGCAGCUGUGCAAGAAUUGGCGCCUAUUAAUUUUCUACCGAGGGCCACAGGACUGCUACUGCCUACUAUUCCCUCGGGUCCCUCAGUUACUCCUCGAACACCCAAUUUUGCGGCAAUACAACCUCAACCCACGAUUCCACCCGAAGCUCUUGACAAGUGGGCAGAGACUGUCGCCAUGAUGAUAUCCUCUCCACUGACGCCGGAGGGCUCUUCCGCCUUGACGGCUCUGGGAGAUCAGCUUCUUGCGAACAACUGGGUCGACGCAGCUCAUGCUUGCUACCUCCUUUCCCCACAAACGUCGCUGAUUGGUGGUUUUGGCGCCCCAGCUAUAAGGCUUGCCUUGGUCGGUUCCAAGACUUCAGCAGAUGCUGCAAGGAAUCCAGAUACACUGGUUUUCUCAGAAAUCUUGGAGUUUGCUUUAUCGCUGGUCCCCACUGCGAAAGGACAAGAGCCUUUCCACGGUUUGCCACACCUUCAAACAUACCGAUUUAUUCAGGCCGUUUCGCUCGCUGAAAUCGGUGAUAUCCAGCUUGCCAAUCGGUAUUGUGAGACCAUCACCACAUCACUGACUCAUCCUUCCCCAUAUGCGACGCAAGCCCUCCUCGAACAACUGCAUGGUCUUCAAGAACGACUUUCUGGUGUAUUCCAUGGGGACAAGAAUGCUUCCUGGAUUGGCGGGAAAAUAAGCAAACCCAGCCUUGAUUCCAUUGGAGGUUGGCUCGAAGGUCGAUUCACGAAGUUGGUAACCGGGGAUAGUGAUUCGGCAGACAGUCCUUCUGGGCAGACUAAAGUGUCUGAUCAUACAUUUAACGGGCCUUUCGCACACUACAGUACCAUCUCCUCCACGACACCAUCCGCUCGAUCCUCCCCGCAGCCCCCUCCUGCAACCGUCAACUACUUCCCUCCGCCUCAGAGGACGACUUCUGCGAUGGCCACGUCCUCACCGUACUCACAUGCCCCAGUCGAACGUUCCUCAUCUGCUAUGGAUUAUAUGCGGCAUAAGCCACCUGCGCCAUCGACUAGCACGAGCUCAGUCCCGUCAUCCGAACCCUCACCAACGGGGUAUGGCCUUAAUGGCCACGCACGCGACGCAGAUCCCUACGUACCCAAGUCUCACAGUGCAGGCAACGAGGAACUCGAAACACCUGUCCAAGCAGCAAGCUGGUGGGGUUCCGAUGAUGCCGCCGGUCAAACUCCUACUGCUGCAACGUUCAUGAAAAUUGAAGAAUCUUCAAUUCAAGCCAAUUCUGAUGGCUUCGUUUCCUUGAUGGACACACAAACGUUCUCCUUCUCUUCUCAGCAGCCCUCAAGACAAGCUAGCUCGACUUCGCGCCAGGAGGAAAUCGAGGAUGACGACGAUCUUGGUCUGGGAAAUCCGAAAUCCAUACCCCACGAAGAGCAGUCGAAGGAGGAAACAAGCCCGGUGAAAGAGAAGGCUGCCGAGCCUCCCAAGGUAACACCCGCUGCACCAGCGGUGGCGGCGUCUAACGGCGGCGGCUCCUGGUUUGGGAAAUGGUGGAGGAAGAGUGAAAACACUCCGGGACCCGUUAAAGCCAGCCUUGGAGAGGAGUCGUCCUUUUACUAUGACAAGGAACAGAAGCGAUGGGUUAAUAAGGCGGCUGGUGCUGAAGCAAGCCCAAAACCCGCGGCCCCUCCACCUCCACCAUCCCGCGCUCAGACCGCCUCGCCUGGAAUGACACACACUAGAUCUACUCCUCCGCCGCUUCCACCACCUCCUAUGCGACCUGCAUCCGCGAUCGACCUUACAACGGAACCUCCUACCAAGGUUCCUAUGCGCAUUCGGUCAAACCUUGCACCUCCGACCGAAUCUGCCCCCAGCACACCAACUGGAACGAGGCUGAACCCUCCAUCUGGUCCACCCCCUCCAAGCAGGCCGAGGUCCCAAGCUACCAAACGGCCCGUUCGCAGCCGCUACGUCGACGUAUUCCAACAGGAGGGAGGAGCGUCAUCAUGA